AUGAAUCAGGUUCGUGGGUCUUUAGAGAAUGAUCUUCUCAAACUUCGAAGUCUUCCUUCUAAAGGAAAUAUCAAUGAGUUUGACAUCCUUGUAAGCGCAAUUGAAAGUACGCUGCAAGAGCAAAAAACAAAUCCCUCACCUACCGCGUAUUUGGUUGCGUUACUGUCUCUUAUUAAAGAAAUCAACGAUUUAAACAAAGGCAUGCGGGUUCAGUCAUUCCAAUUACUAGAAGUCAUCGUAAAACAUGUUACUCCUAAUGUUUUGCAGGCAAAACUGCCCCAAAUCAUGUCGAUUCUUGUUCCUAUCGUGAGCAGAGAAGAGUCUAACAAGAUUCUUUUUAUACACUAUUUAAAUGUCAUUGAGCGACUUUUAAUCACUCAAGAUUAUAGUUCUUGGAUCAAGGGUGAUUCUUGCAAAACUGCAAUUUACAUUCUUCUCUUUUUUGCGUUAUCGGCGGCUGAAAAGCCUAGAUCUCGCGCAUUACAAGUUCUUUCAAAGGUUUUAAAAUCACCACCUCCGGGUCCUGUUUUUGAACAUCCGGCUAUGAAGUACGUUACUGACGAACCAUUACGUUUGUUGGAAGCUCUCUCCGUGGCUAGAAAGUCAAAGACUCCUGCAGAAAUUCAACGGUUGAAUCAUGGUCUUCUUCUUGUUCGCACUAUCUGCUUGUCUGCCCCUUGGCCGUCCGCAUACCUCACGAGAUUAUGCAAUGUUUGCAUUCAAAUUGUUGAGCAACGCAGCACACAGUCUAUUUACCUAGUUUUCCAGAUAUAUGAAGGCCUCUGCAAAACGUUUUCAGAUACCACGAACUUUGAGGGACUCCGGUUGGCUCUCACCACUCUACAAAAGCUUCAACCCUCCGAAUAUGAUUCUCAGCUUUUGGUCCCAUGGUUGAAGGCCAUGAAUAGCGCUAUUGAGUCUUCAAACGGUCUUUCCAAACCUGAAGCUGUGUCGGACUGUGUUACUAGAUUUUCCCGCGUUUUUACUUUGCUUGAGUCGGAUGCCGUCGAAGUACGCUUAGAGACUGCUAAUACCUUAUCGACCAUAGUAAGUUGCUUAGACAAUUCACCAGGAUCUCUUUCCGUCGCAUCUCAACUUUGUAACCAGUUAUGUGAAGCUCUUAAAAGUGUUCAUUACCGCUUUGCUUAUCCCGAGUGUUUUCAAAUCAUUUCUCGAUUAUGUGAAACCAUCGGAAAGGGUAGUGAUCCUGUUUUGAUUCCGGCUUUGGGACUUAUUGACUACCUUCGCGGUGCUGAAACAUUUGACGGAAAGGUUUUAGCAGAUGAGGUUAUAGGUACUUUUGUUCGCGUUCUUGGACCUGAAACCGUUUUGGAUGUGCUUCCUCUAAACUUGGAAAUGCAGACUGCCAACGCUGUUGGUCGAGCUUGGCUUCUUCCAGUUUUGCGAGAUAACAUAAUGUUUACGAAUCUUUCGCAUUUUAGUAACUACUUCAUUCCCCUCAGUGGAUCCCUUUACCAAAAGAUUUUGGAUAUGGAAGAUCUUGACAGUGUUCCCGCAAAAUUAUACCAAACACUCGUUGAUCAAAUGUGGGCGUUGCUACCUGGUUAUUGCUAUCUUCCGGUAGAUUUACAACAAGCCUUCACGAAUGAAUUUGCUGGUAUCCUUGUAAAUGUUUUAUACGAACAAGUUAGUUUGCGAUCAACAAUCUGCAACAGUUUAACCUUAUUAAUUGAAACAAACCAUAAGGCCGCAAAUAGCGUUCCUCUUGAGGCUGGUAUUCCAGUGCCGUUGGAUACCCAAGAAGCUUCCAACAAUUUGCAAUUUUUGGGCGGCAUUGCUUCCAACUUUCUCUCUGUCUUAUUGAAUGUCUUCUCCUCUACUUCUUCUCAAUUCCGUUACCCUAUUUUAAAGUGCAUCCAAACGUGGCUUUCCAUCUCUCCACCCGAUACAGUUUCUUCUAUUUACAGAAAGAUUACUGAUCUUCUUCCUAACAGUUUAGAUGAGUUAGCUGGCUCUUAUAAAAUAUCGGGUGAUAGUAAUGCAACGCCUAUGGCUUAUUCUUUGAUGGACUUGCUCGUUGUUUUACCCUCAUUUUUGAAUCAAGAAUACUGUCCUGCAUUGUUUAAUUAUGUUCAAGAGUUCUUAAAUCAUCGGGAUGCGGCAAUCCAGAAAAAAGGUUACAAAUUGUUGUCUGCUAUGUUACGCACAGAAUUUGGCAGAGGAUACGCAAAUCUGAAUAUGGUUAACGUUUUUGAGUUGUUGUUUAGUGUCUCUAGUCGCGUCAUUUCUUCCACUCGUAAGGAUCGGUUGGUCAGUUUAACAGAACUAUUCAAAAUCCAAUCUGAUGAACUUAAUAGCGUUAUUCCUAAGGUACUUCCGGAAGCGAUCAUCGCAACCAAAGAAGUUAAUGAAAGGGCUCGUUCUGCUGCUUUCCAACUUUUGAUGACAAUUGCUGCUUCCGCGGUGCAGUCUAAUCUUUUCGGCGACUCGACUCCAGUAAGAGUGGAGAAGUUCCUUUCGGUUAUUAGUGCUGGUUUAGCAGGCUCAUCUACUCACAUGAUUAGCGCUGCUAUUAUUGCAAUUUCAAGUGUGGUGCUUGAAUACAAGGAGUUUCUCACGCAACAUUUUUUGCUUGAAUUGAUGAAUACUAUGAAUCUGUUCAUGACAUCUGCAAAUAGAGAAAUUGCAAAAGCAGCUAUCGACUUUACUAAGAUUGCUAGCUCUACCUUGCCUUCAGAUUUCGUAAAACCGCUUCUUCCUGAUCUUGUUCCUAAUCUUUUGUCGUGGUCCCAUGAAAGCAAGGGCCAUUUCCGUGCCAAGGUUAAGCAUAUUCUAGAGAAGAUGGUUCGGAAGUUCGGUUUUGCAGCCGUGGAGCCAUAUGUGCCGGUUGCUGACAAGAAGCUUAUUUCGAAUAUACGGAAAACACAAGAGCGUAAGUUGCGUCAGCGUGGCCAGAAACGUGAAGAGAAGCCUGCAACAAACAUGCCCCGUAAGAGUUUCGCUUCCGCUUAUGAGCAGGCUGUUUACGACACAGACAGUGAGGAAGAGGAAGAAGAUGUGGACGAAACUAUGGAAGAUGCUAACAAUACGAGAUUGGAGAAAUCAUAUGUUAAAGAAGAUGGUGAAGAUGAACCAUUGGAUUUGCUGGAUAUAGAAGCUAUCUCUAAAAUUUCGUCCACUGAUCCCUCGCAACAAAAUAAGCGCAAACAAGUGGCUCCUAGUUCUUCGUUCAAAUCGAAUGAAGAAGGCCUUUUGCUGUUUGAUGAGUCCGAAUCGGAAUCCGACGGUGACGAAGGGCUCAUUGGUGCAAAAGAGCAUGCUGAAGUCAAUCGACAAUAUAUGGAAGCAGUUUCUGGUGAGGCAAGUUUCCAGCGAGGAUUAAACAAUAAAGUCAAAUUUAGCAACAAGCGCGUCCGCGAUGAUUUUGAUGAAGAUAUGGAGGAUGCUGAUGGCACAAAUUCUUCGAAGAAAUUGCAGCAAGCUAAAAAGACAUCCUCGAAAAACCGCAGCAAAAAGCAGAAAAAGCCAAGGGGGCAUUAA